GCCAGAGCGAUCGAGAGAGCAGUGUGAGCUCAGCACUGGAAUAAGACGAGGCUAGGAGCGGGGAAGUGGCCAACGUUAACAUUAUGGAUAUCUCGGUGCUUUUGUACUUCUUCUUCCCGCUAACGAUGGCUGUUGAAGAGACCCUGAUGGAUUCAAGAUGGGCGACUGCCGAGCUGGGAUGGACUGCACACCCAGAAACAGGGUGGGAAGAAGUAAGUGGAUAUGAUGAUGGAAUGAAUCCCAUUCGUACAUACCAGGUCUGUAAUGUGAUGGAAGCAAACCAGAAUAACUGGCUUCGAACUACUUACAUAGGGCGUAAAGACGUUCAGAGGGUAUAUGUGGAGAUGAAGUUCACUGUGCGGGACUGCAACAGUAUACCAAAUAUCCCAGGUUCUUGUAAGGAGACUUUUAAUUUAUUUUACUAUGAGUCUGAUACGGAUUCAGCAACAGCAACUACUCCAUUCUGGAUGGAGAACCCUUAUGUGAAAGUGGACACUAUUGCUCCUGAUGAGAGUUUUUCCAAACUGGAGUCUGGCAGAGUUAACACGAAGAUCAAAAGUUUUGGUCCCCUGUCCAAGAGUGGAUUCUACUUGGCAUUUCAGGAUCUGGGAUCAUGCAUGUCAAUAAUUUCUCUCCGUGUUUUCUACAAGAAAUGCCCAUCUGUGAUAGCAAAUUUUGCAGUUUUUCCAGAAACAGUUACUGGAGCAGAACCUACAUCACUUGUCAUUGCUCCUGGUACCUGUCUCAAUAAUGCUAAUGAAGUAUCUGUCCCCUUGAAGCUUUAUUGCAAUGGGGAUGGUGAAUGGAUGGUACCUGUUGGAGCUUGUACAUGCUCUGCUGGAUAUGAACCUGCUGAAAAGGAGACUGCUUGUCAAGCUUGUCAGCAAGGAACAUUCAAAUCCCGGCAGGGGGAGGAACCCUGCUCUCUUUGCCCAUCGAACAGCCGGAUCAGCUCAGAAGGAGCCACCAUCUGUCCCUGUAAAACUGGAUUCUAUCGAGCAGACAGUGAUCAGCCUGAGAUGGGAUGCACAAGUGUGCCUUCAGCUGUACGUAAUGUUAUUUCGAGUGUGAAUGAGACCUCUCUGAGCUUGGAGUGGAGUGAGCCACGGGAUACUGGUGGUCGGGAUGAUCAGCUCUAUAACAUCAUCUGCAAGAAGUGCAGUGUUGAGGGCAAAAUCUGCUCCAGAUGCGAUGACAACGUUGAGUUUGUUCCACGGCAGCUGGGUCUUACGGAAAGGCGGGUGUUUAUCAGCAACCUUUUGGCUCACACACGUUAUACAUUUGAAAUCCAAGCAGUAAAUGGUGUUUCCAGCAAGAGUCCACAUCCUCCCCAAUUUACAGCUGUUAACAUCACUACAAAUCAGGCUGCUCCUUCUCCUGUUCUUAUGGUGCAUUUGCUGAGUGCCACUUCAGAUAGCAUGACUCUCUCGUGGCUUGCUCCUGAAAAACCUAAUGGUAUAAUUCUGGACUAUGAGCUGAAAUAUCGUGAAAAGGAUCAAGAUGAGUCAACAGCAUCGACUAUUACAAGUCAGAAAAACACUAUUCGUAUUGAUGGGUUAAAACCAACUGCUUUUUAUGGAGUUCAGGUGCGAGCCAGGACUGUGGCUGGAUAUGGGAAGUACAGUGAAACUGUUGACUUCCAGACACUGACGGAAAAUGAGAAUAGUAAAAGCAUCCAGGAACAACUCCCCUUGAUUGUAGGUUCUGCUACUGCAGGCCUGGUUUUCAUUGUAGCUGUGCUGGUCGUUGCUUUUGUUUGUAUCAGAAAACGUGGAGGUGGUUCAGAAUCCGAGUACACAGAGAAACUCCAGCAAUAUAGCACUGGUCACAUCACACCAGGAAUGAAGGUGUAUAUUGAUCCUUUCACCUAUGAAGAUCCAAAUGAAGCUGUCAGAGAAUUUGCGAAGGAAAUCGACGUAUCCUGUGUAAAAAUUGAAGAAGUGAUUGGAGCAGGUAGACUAAAAGGUGAAUUUGGGGAAGUAUGCAGAGGGCGCCUUAAACUUCCAGGACGUAGGGAAAUUUUUGUAGCAAUAAAGACACUUAAAGCUGGCUACACAGAAAGGCAACGAAGAGAUUUCCUCAGCGAAGCCAGUAUUAUGGGACAAUUUGAUCAUCCAAAUAUCAUCCACUUGGAGGGAGUGGUCACUAAAAGCCGCCCUGUCAUGAUUGUUACUGAGUUUAUGGAGAAUGGUGCCUUGGACUCCUUCCUCAGGAUGAAUGAUGGACAGUUCACAGUAAUCCAGCUGGUUGGCAUGUUGAGAGGGAUUGCAGCUGGGAUGAAGUAUUUGUCAGAAAUGAACUAUGUGCACAGAGAUCUGGCAGCCAGGAACAUUCUUGUCAACAGUAACCUUGUGUGUAAAGUGUCUGAUUUUGGCUUGUCAAGGUUCCUGGAGGAUGAUGCAGCUGAUCCAACCUACACAAGUUCACUGGGUGGAAAAAUCCCAAUCAGAUGGACGGCCCCUGAAGCAAUAGCGUAUCGCAAAUUCACCUCAGCUAGUGAUGUGUGGAGUUAUGGAAUUGUCAUGUGGGAAGUAAUGUCAUAUGGGGAGAGACCCUACUGGGACAUGUCCAACCAAGAUGUUAUCAAUGCCGUGGAACAAGACUACCGUUUGCCCCCUCCGAUGGACUGUCCAACUGCUCUCCAUCAGUUGAUGUUGGACUGCUGGGUGAAAGAUCGUAACAACAGGCCCAAGUUUGCCCAGAUUGUAAACACACUGGAUAAGCUCAUUAGGAAUGCAGCUAGCCUGAAGAUUGUCUCUGUUGCAAAUCCAGGCCCUUCCCAGCCUCUUUUGGAUCGUACUGUUCCUGACUACACCACAUUCACCACAGUGGGAGACUGGCUAGAUGCAAUUAAAAUGGGUCGGUACAAGGAGAAUUUUAUUAAUGCUGGGUUCACCUCUUUCGACUUGGUUGCUCAGAUGACAGCAGAGGACUUGCUGAGGAUAGGAGUCACAUUGGCCGGGCACCAGAAGAAGAUUCUCGGCAGCAUUCAGGACAUGAGGUUACAGAUGAACCAGACACUUCCAGUGCAGGUCUGACAGCAAGGAACUCUGGAACUGAUUAAGUUUGAAGUCAAAUAGAAUAAUUGCGUGCAGUGCCUGGUUUCCAGUUUUUCCUGUGUGGAGCACCUAAAACUAUUGUUUCAAGUCAACCCUCAGUUCAAGGAUAAUUGUAGCAUGAAUUGAAAAAUGUCUGAAAGGGCUCCAAAAAGGAAUGCAGUCUGAAAAUAGUUAUGUUUUUUUGGGCAGUUGGUUUGUUUCAUGGAAUUUUACUCCUAUUGCAUCAAACCUGUGACAUUAUCAAAGACUAUUGUGCAUUGCCAAGGGAGGCAGGUUCUGCCCAGAAGCUAGUACCUAUUAAGUCUUCAUAUUGAAGAUGUCUUAUUUAAAUUGAUGUGUAAAGAUGCCACAUGGAAUAUUGGAUCACAGAUUUGAUAUUCAGCUUGUGCGUUGCUUUCCUUCAAAGUACCACCUGUGAGAAAAUAAUAAAGAAAUUGAACAAUGCUGUAUAUAGCGUGGCAACCUUAUAGCUAAAUCCUGAGCUAAUCCCUAAUUCUCAAUUUGCAAUAAAGCCAGAUUGGAAUAGCUAACUAUGAAUGCCUUCAAGGUGUGCUCGCACCUUUUGGUCCAAAAUGACCUUCCUUCACAACUUGUGUGGCACUUGAACAUUGAAUACUGGCAUCAAGAUAAUUAUACCUUAAGAGGAAAUGAAAGUACACAUGCCCAGCUAUUAUGCAUAUAAGAUUUCACUUGGUUUUCCCAGGUGUUCUUAUAAUUUAUGGUUACUCUAAGUAAACAGAUUACUCGAUGUAUUGGGUCUACCUGUGCAGUGGCAAGUGAAGGAUAUACUGUGCCAAGAAACAGCUCUGACAAAGAUCAGUCAGAAAUGUCUGGGCAAAGAUGGAUAACAAGAACCUCAACAAUGAAGCGAUCAUGAUUGAUUCAGAACUGCUGUAAUGUAGGGCAGAGUCUUUCUUCUGGACUUUAUUAUUGGGAUUUCCUUGACUUCCACCUGAAUUUAUGAAAUCGUCACCUGUGAGAGAAGAAUGGAACAGAUCUUUUUGAACUGUGCAAGCAGACCCUAAGCCGCCAAAAUGAUUUAGAACCUUUAACCGUGAGAGCUGUCAAGCAAAGUGAGAGACUGUACAUGACUGAAAAACUUCAUGGCCAUCUGUUUAAUCAAGUGCUGUUAAAUUUUGUUGUCAUUGCCAAAAGACAGGAAACUUUAUUUUUUCUAAAGACAGAUAAAACCUUUGUAAACGACUGAGUGAAGAGUCUGUAAUAGAGAAACAAAAAUAUGGAAAGGCAAUAAGCAUUUUUAAUUUAGCUAAUGUUGCAGUAAAUCAUCCUUAGUUCAUCUGCAAAACUUCUCUUACUUAGAAAAUGUGGCAGAGGAGACUGUACAUUUGUACAUACUAUCAGAUAUUUUCCUUUGUUAAUGUGUGGGCUUCAAACAGUAAAUACAGACUGUAUAUUUUGCCACUCUAGAUGGGACAUGCCUGUAUUGUAUAUAGACAAGGCAAAAAUGUGCAGAAUGCAACAGUUAAAAUUUGAAUGUUCUGCGAUCCUAAAUCACAAAAUUUGACCCUUAACCCCAACUUGUACUAUAAAAUAACACUAUGUUGUAAAAAAAAUGUUGUGAUAGGUUAUUCAUAGUAGUUCACAGUGUCUGUGGGACAUCUGUGAUCAAGGUAAAACAUUCAGUUAUUGUUGCUGUGAAUUUGGUUCAAGAUUUAAUAACCAUUGCCCACCAUUUCCUCUUGAGUAAUCUUUCCCCUUAGUACUUCUGUAAUAGCCUUACAGUGGCUAAUCUUUUGUAGAAAGAUCUAAUGGCUGUCUUCCAGUCACUUUGGAAACAUACCUGUAUAGUAUUUUGCAAACUUUUUAAAAUAUUGAGAUGUAUUUAAUGGUGAAAAAUGAUGCAUUCUUGCAUUUGUAGAAAUAUUUUUAAAAAACACUUUUGCAAUUAAAUUAUUUAAGAAGUUUAUGGUAUUACUUUGUGCUUGCUUCUUUUGUUUUAUGCAUCAAAUUCAGUGUCAUUGCCAGUACUCAUAGUUGGCAAUCAAUAAUAUAAUGUUUUAUGAUGG